GAAGAAACCGUCCGAAAACGCCAUCAGUUCAUCGGCCGGGCCUCGCCAUGGCUCCCAAAGCGCUGAAACCUGCGCUGAAGCCACAGUCGCGGAGUGACCGAGCCGCCAAGAUCGAGCUGUGGGCCCUGGUGAGUUCCAGCGUCGUAUGGGCUUGCGGGCAAUGGAUUGUCGCGCCGGCCUUGCCGUAUUUUGCCAUGGCCAAAGGCUGUCAUGCGUUCCACUAUGCCAUGAUCUCAUCUGCAUAUGCUGCCAGCCAACUGAUCAGCUCCCCGAUCUUGGGCAUUUUAUCAGAUCGAGUUGGCCGAAAGCCUAUUCUUCUCGGUGGCCUAGCAGCCACAUCCGUGGUGUACUUGUUGAUGGCCAGGGUGGAAACCGUGUUGCAAUUGCUGCUGGCACGAGCCACUCUGGGAUUUCUGUCUGGCGCUGCUGCAGUGGAAGUUGCCUUCGUUGCAGACUUGACUUCAAAGUCAGAUCGAGCAGACUGGGUGAACUUGCAAACUAGACUACAAUCAGCGGGGUGCCUUCUAGGGCCUGCCAUUGGUGGUAUGGUGGCACCUUAUUCAAGGCUGAAUAACAAUGUCAUGACUCACUUCGAAUUUGAGCACCUUUGUUAUGCCAUUGCUGUUUUGGUCAUGCUGAACUUCCUCAUAGGUAUCCGAUUCUUCACCACCCCUUCCUUUCACAAGGUUGCUGCGCAUGUCCCAGAUGACCUACGACCGCGCAGACACCUACAUUUCCUGAAGGGAACGACCGCGAUUCUCUUGGUGGUUUGCUUUUUAGACUCGUUUUCUUUGGCAGUCAGUGAUGGCCCAGAAGCCUAUUUUCUGCACCAGACCUUUGGCUUCGAAGCACAGCAACAGGCCACGUUUAUGAUGACCUGCUCUGCUUCGAGCUUGCUUUGGGGCUGGUUGGCUCCCCAUGUGAUUGGUUUCUUCCGGCCCAAUGUGCUUUGCACUGUCUCGUCCAUGGCGACAGCCGCGGCCAUGGUGCUCAUGAGCACGGAACGAUCUUGGUGGACACCAUAUCUCUACGCCACUCUCUUUGGUUGCACUGCCACCAUUGUGGAAGUGGUCAGCAAGACCAGUUUGGUCGGGCAAUUGGUGGCUGAAAAGCAUCAGGCCGCCGUCUAUGGAAUGGAACGUGGGCUGCUCAAUCUGGGCUUUUCCAUGGGACCACUGGUGGGAGGAGCCAUCUAUGAGGAUUCUUUCGGUUUGCCAUACACGGUCUCGGCGUGUUGCCUUUGCGUCAGCAGCCUGGUGUAUCUCACGUUGCCUGGACGCCCGGGACCCGGAGGUGAACAUCUUUUGGAAGAUAUGGCAGAUGGUGAUGGCCGAGAAGCUUGGGAACACAUGGGCAAUCAGGCUCCGCUGCCCGCCAAGCGGAUUGGCGCGGUGAUUGCCGCUGAACGGGCUCGCCGCGUCUACUUCGUGUGUCCUGAGCUCUACGAAGCCUACCAAAACAAGAAGACCCUGGUUCGGCGGCACUCGGGCGGCGAAGUCCGAGGUAGCGGCUUUAGCGGCUUGGGCCUGGGCCAGCGGUCCAACACUAUCGGUGAACCGCUGUCUCACAUUUUAGGCGAACGGCCUUGGGACCAUUUGUCGGUGGAUGAUGGAGGCAUCCGAUAUUCGGACCCAGACCUCACCAAAUCCACGCCGGCGGAGUCCAACCGCUCAGUCGACCUCGAUGGAUGAAGCCAUCGAAGAAUCCCAAUAAAUCCCUGUCUCCGCUGAGCCGAUGGAUGAUAUCAUGGCUCCUGUAGAAAAACCGGAGAACCCCCCCGGAGAACCGGGGGGGUCGUCGGAUUGUUGAAAUGGCUUUUCUUGUACAGCAAACCAUUCAUGCAGAAACCCAUGGAUUUAGUAGAUCAAAAGGGAGAUGCUCGUGCGCAGGCUUCAACUCCUGCGAGUGUUUGUUGAAGGGUUGGGGCAUGCAUCCGGAAAGGUAUCCUAGUUUGUGCUACGACUACAUCAUGUUGUUGUUGAUCAGGGGGCUUGAUAUGAGGGCGCAAC